CAAACAAACAGGCAUUGCUGCUACAUGUGCACAAAGAUUUAAACAAGCACACAUUACAGUAUACAAGUUACUGGUUAUAUAUGAGUGUGGAGGAGGAUAAAAAGGCUGAUAGGCAGCUGUUGUGUCCUGCCUCCUGCAUUUCAAAUAAGGGCAAGGUAAAAAUGGCAACCUGUGACGUGACAGCAAUAAGCUGCUAAAAACAGAAGUGACACCAACAAGAAGCCUGCCAAGGCCAAAACAAGAGGCCUGUUCUUCAGCCUAACUACAGCAACGGCUUGACGCGGACUUACUCACAUUCCCCAGCUGUGGCGUUGUUAAAUUUGACUUUGGGAGUCUUUAUUGUCUUGCUUAAAGCUUUUGUCCAAAGAUGAAUACCAUGGAGAACUUGGAGAAACAGCUGAUUUGUCCCAUAUGCCUGGAAAUGUUUGCAAAGCCUGUUGUUAUCCUCCCCUGUCAGCAUAACCUCUGUAGAAAAUGUGCCAAUGACGUCUUCCAGGCUUCAAAUCCAUAUCUUCCAACAAGGAGCGGCUCACUGACGUCCGGUGGCCGAUUUCGAUGUCCGUCCUGCAGGCACGAGGUGGUACUGGACCGGCAUGGUGUUUAUGGGCUGCAGAGAAACUUGUUGGUUGAGAAUAUUAUUGACAUGUUCAAGCAGGGCUCCAGCAGCAGCAAGCCAGCACCAGAGAAAAAGGAAGAAACACCCAUGUGUGAUAUCCACGAGGAUGAAAAGAUCAAUAUUUACUGUGUGACCCACAGUGUGCCCACAUGCUCCAUGUGUAAGGUAUUCGGAUCUCACAAAGACUGUGAGGUGGCACCAAUUACAAGCAUCUACCAGACAAAGAAGACGGAGCUGAGUGACGGGAUUGCCAUGAUGGUCGGUAACAACGACAGGAUGCAAGGCAUCAUUAGUCAGCUAGAGGAGGCCUGUCGUGUCAUAGAGGAGAACAGUCGAAGGCAGAAAACUUUGGUGUGUGAGAAGUUUGACCAGCUCUACUCCAUCCUGGAGGAGAAGAAGAGGGAGAUGAGUCAGAGGGUGACGGCCGAGCAGGAAGAGAAGGUCAAUUAUAUCCGUGCCCUGAGCCGGAAGUAUGGUGACCAUUUGGAGGAGAGUUGUAAAGUAGUGGAGAUGGGGAUCCAGACCAUGGAGGAACCAGAGAUGGCAGUUUUCCUGCAGAACACAAAGCCUCUCCUCAAAAAGAUUGCAGAUGCGUCCAGUACAGCACACUUGGGCAAAGUUGAGCGUGGCUAUGAGAAUAUGGACCACUACAGCGUAGACUUCAAAAAAGAGGGCAAAGCCCUGUGCAGCAUUGACUUCAUCCGAGAUGAUGAUGAUGAUGAAGAGGAAGAGGAUGAGGAUGGAGAGGCGGGCGCUGAGGACACAGAGGCAGCACUGCCUGCUUCAGUAGGCGGUGCUGUUACAGACGCAUCCCCCCAGCAGAUUAACUCCUCCCCUCACACACCCAGGAGCGCUACCUCGACCUAGCUGCCAGCCAUUGGCCCUGAUGUCAGCUGUGGAUUUUUUGUUUGUUUGUUUUUUCCUCAUAUUGGGAGGAAGUGGUAGAUUUAGAUCUGCAUUGGUGGGAAAGUUUGAAUUGCAACAGACAAAUAUUGUUGUACAUACAACAUCAGGAACUGCAAAGAGGUUCCAUUUGUCAUAAAUCUUGUUGAAUUAAUACGGUUUAAGGACCUGUUGUGUCUUGGUGGAGGUAUGCACUCUACUCAGCCUCCUCUUAGUUGAUGUCAUGUUCACGUGCACAAUUACUCCCUGAGUGAUCUGUUUUCUGACUGAAAACAUAUUUAUAUUUUUCAAUCACUGGUUUUUGAAGAAUAAAUUCAUUUAAUAUAUAUUUUUAUGUACUUUUGUGACUCACUAUUUAAACUACAUCAUUUGACAAGAUGGCCUCAGGAUUUUCUCCUUAUUGUAUAGUUUUGUUUUUUUGUUUUUUUUUUAUGAGUGAAACACUUUCUGAGAAAGACACCAGACUAUGAACUGGCACUGUGACAUUUCAGCUGUUAGGUGCUGUAUUCUAUGUUAUAUAGCUUACAAAUAUAAAUAUAUUUUCCUAUUGCA